CCUAACCCAAUAUACAGUUAGAGUGGAAUUUCAACGACAAGACAACGCUCUCUCACAAAACCAAAAAAACUCUUGCUCUGUUUUCUUCUGCCUUUACUAUGAGUUCAGAUUCGAUUAGAGAACGAGGUGCAUCAGCCGUGGUAGAACGGAAAUUUCAACAUAGACAACUUUUAUUUUUGGCAUACCAAAGUUUAGGUUUUUUGUUUGGUGACUUGAGCUUAUCCCCUCUAUAUGUCUAUCAAAGUAUAUUUUCCGGGAGACUGAAACAUGCCCAGAAUGAGGAUGCAAUAUUUGGCGCAUUUUCUCUGAUCUUUUGGACUCUUUUAAUUAUUUCUUUAUUGAAGUAUGCACUUAUUAUGUUAAGUGCAGAUGAUAAUGGCGAAGGUGGAGUUGUUGCUUUGUAUUCACAGCUUUGCAGAAGUGCAAAAUUAUGUUUGCUUCCUAAUCAUCAGGCUUCCGAUGAGGAGCUUUCUACAUAUCGCAAGCCUGGCUCCUCAAAUGGAAGUAUACCAUCCUCGCCUUUGAAAAGAUUCAUUGAGAAACACAAGAAUACAAAGAUGGCUUUGCUUAUUUUUGUUUUACUAGGUGCUUGCAUGGCAAUUUGUGUUGGUGCACUCAUGCCUGCCAUUUCUGUUCUUUCAUCCGUUGAAGGCUUGAAAAUUGAAGCAAAGAUUACAAAUAAAAGUAUGGUAUCUUGUAUUUCUUGUGUUCUACUGAUUGGACUCUUUGUCAUGCAACAUAGGGGCUCCUACAAGGUUGCAUUCGUGUUUCCUCCUGUAAUCAUCCUAUGGCUACUAACUAUUUUCAUGAUUGGCAUUUACAAUAUCAUCAAGUGGAACCCAAGAGUAUAUCAGGCUCUUUCUCCAUAUUAUGUAUACAAGUUCUUUAUGCUUACAGGAAAAGAUGGUUGGACUAACCUUGGAGGAGUAUUUCUAUGCGUUACAGGAACUGAAGCUAUGUUUGCAGACCUUGGUUACUACAGACAAACACCUGUAAGGGUUGCAUUUUAUUGUAUCAUUUACCCAUGUCUAGUUCUUCAAUACAUGGGGCAGGCGGCCUUCCUUUCCAAGAAUUUAUCUGCAGUACCUAUAAGCUUUUAUGCUUCUAUUCCAGAUUUUCUAUUUUGGCCAGUAUUUGCGGUGUCUGCUUUGGCAGUAAUAGUUGCAAGUCAGGCUGUCAUUGCUUCAACAUUCUCUGUAGUCCAACAAUGUCAUGCAUUUGAAUGUUUCCCUCGGGUUAAGGCAGUACAUUCCAGAAGGUGGAUCCCUGGCCAGACAUAUAUACCAGAGAUAAACUGGAUACUUAUGAUAAUCAGCUUGGCUGUGACAUUUGGUUUAGGAGACAAGAACCGUAUAGGAUAUGCUUAUGGGAUUGCAUAUCUAAUUCUGGUGAUUGUGACCACAUGUUUGACAUCACUAGUCAUCAUCCUUGUAUGGCAUCAAAGUCCUAUAAUUGCUCUGGCAUUUGCUCUGUUCUUUGGUUCGAUAGAGAUUAUUUUCCUGUCAUCCUAUUGCACGAAAAUCCCCAGAGGUGGAUGGAUUCCACUUGUGCUUUCGGCAGUGUUCAUGGUUGUUAUGUACGUGUGGCAUUAUGGUUCUAGGAAAAAGUAUCUACUUGACAUGCAUGACAAAAUUUCGAUGAGGUCCAUCCUUGGGUUAGGUCCUAGUCUUGGGAUUGUUAGAGUUCCUGGAAUGGGCCUUAUCUACACUGAAUUGGCUACUGGAGUCCCUGCCAGUUUUUCUCAUUUCUUGACAAAUCUGCCAGCAUUCUACCAAGUGGUUGUUUUUGUUUGUGUGAAGACUGUACCGGUGCCUUGUGUGCCGCAUGAAGAACGUUACCUCAUUGGCCGAAUUGGUCCCCAAUCUUUCCGAAUGUACCGUUGUAUUGUUCGAAAUGGCUAUAAAGAUGUGUAUAGCCACGAAAAUGAUUUUGAAAAUGACCUAGUGAUGAGCAUAGCUGAAUUCAUUCAAUUGGAAGCAGAAGGUGCCUCUGGUAAUGCAGAGGGUUCAGUGGAUGGACGGAUGGCAGUGGUUAGGACAUCAGGGAAAUUUGGGACACGAUUGCUUAUGUCCGAAUCUUCUGCUUUUGAGGAACGCAACAAUAUUAAUCUUCCUGGAGCUUUGACUCUUACUAGCAGUAAAUCCCCGACAUUGAAGAGGCUGCAGGCAAUGUACGAGCAGGAGUCACCUGAACUCAACACUGGACGGCGAAUUCGAUUUGAGUUGCAAAAUGUAAUAUAUAAAGACCCACGUGUCAAGGAAGAACUCAUGGAACUUGUAGAAGCCAAGCGCUCUGGAGCAGCUUAUGUAAUAGGUCAUUCUCACGUAAAGGCCAAGUGGAACUCAUCAUUUAUAAAGAAGUUUGCUAUCAACCUAUACUCUUUUCUGCGGAAAAAUUGUCGGUCUCCUGCAGUGGGUCUAAACAUUCCUCAGAUUUCUCUGAUUAAGGUUGGAAUGAAUUACCAUGUGUAGCAUGAAUCGUUGACAAUGUUUUGACUGGGGAUGUAAUUUAUGCAAGCAAGAAUACACUACUUUGGAAGAUUCCACUUGAAUGGGUUUCACUCAAGAAUUUCCUCUUGGCGUGUUUGAAGAAAUACCGGCAUCAAAUUGCCAACAUCUUUUGAUUUUGUAAUGGGCCUGGUGAGGUAUCUAAAGUAUUGAAUUGGUUGACAAAGGAGUUUUGUGCAGGAUCCUAUACCUGUUUGUUGUCUUAUAGCCAAAUUGCCCUUUGGAAUCACGUCUGUCUUGAGUUUCGCUAUAGAUUUGUCGAACAUAACUUCGCAUGUAACUUCUACUGCUGCCGCCCUUUUGUACUUGUACAAAAGUUUGUUCUGUUUUUUUUUUUUCUUUUUUCUAUCUUCUUAGGGAAAAUAGGGAAAUGAAUUGUAUUUAGAACGGAACCAUACCUUAACUGAUAACAUGUCACUUGCCCCAGCAUGUCGUCCAAUGACGAGCUUGAUUUUGGUUCUUUGAUUUAUUUAUCAAUUUUUGUUACUCA